GACGCCCUGCACCUGCGCAUGCGCCUGCUCCGCCCGCCUCCCAGCGCCGAUUUGGUUUUUACUUUGAGGGAAAGCCUGAAACCUCAGAAGAAUUACAUCUUUUACUGUCAAUCCUGUGGUGACAUCAUAGUAAAAGACCGGAAAUUUCUGAGAGUUCUUCCUCUACCAAGUGAAAACUGGAGUUCUUUAGUUGAAGAGUGGUGUUGUCACGCUAACCCCUUUGCCAGGAGCACUUUGCACCCUCAGCGUGAUGACUGUUUUCUUGGAGAUACUUUUUUUCUGUUGCAUUCAGGAAGUAAAUCACAUGUGCCUGAAUCUCCCAUGUGCUGCUCAGAGACUGGACACUAUGCUGCUCAGAGCGGCUCCAACUUGAAAUCAAAGGAAAAUACCAGAGUAACUUGUAAGCGCUGCAAGACAAUGCUGGGAGAAAAAGUAUCACCAGAUACCAUUAAAUAUUAUGUCACCGAGGUGAUUAUUUGGCCGUCUGAGGGAAGUUUCAGCACAACACCAAGGUCUCAUUUCAUACAGAGCAUGGUUGCUCAGUGUCUUAUGGAAUUGUCCUCCACUAAAAGCACAUUUAGAUUCACCAUAAAAGGAGAUGAUGGAAAAAUCUAUAUUCUG